CCUUUUUCACACUUCGCUUUCCCCCCCUUUUUGGUGGUAAGUAAAGUAGGGGGCCUUCCAUCACAAUGCCCGAGCCAGCUAAGUCUGCUCCCGCUCCCAAGAAGGGCUCCAAGAAGGCGGUGACUAAGACGCAGAAAAAGGGCGACAAGAAGCGUCGCAAGAGCCGCAAGGAGAGCUACUCCAUCUAUGUCUACAAGGUGCUCAAGCAGGUUCACCCCGACACCGGCAUCUCCUCCAAGGCGAUGAGCAUCAUGAAUUCCUUUGUGAACGACAUCUUUGAGCGCAUUGCCGGAGAGGCUUCUCGCUUGGCUCAUUACAACAAGCGCUCCACCAUCACCUCUCGGGAGAUACAGACGGCCGUGCGCCUCUUGCUGCCUGGGGAGUUGGCCAAGCACGCGGUUUCGGAGGGCACCAAGGCUGUCACCAAGUACACCAGCUCCAAGUAAGCAGAUUGUGCUGCUGAGUAAGGCCACCCAGAACCCAAAGGCUCUUUUAAGAGCCACCCACUUUUCUUAUAAGAGAGCGAGUCGCUUGUCUCCAAACUGCAGUAUGUUUACCUGGCACGUUGG